AUGUGGAGCUGGUUUGGCGGCGGUUCGGCCCAAGCCAAGAAAGACUCUCCCAAGAAUGCGAUCCUCAACCUGCGGUCGCAGCUGGACAUGCUGCAGAAGCGACAGAAGCACCUGCAAAGCCAAAUAGACGAGCAACAUGAAAUCGCACGCAAAAACGCAACCACAAACAAGAACGCGGCCAAGGCGGCACUACGGCGCAAAAAAGCGAAUGAGCAUACACUAGAUCAGACACUUGCGCAAAUACAAACGCUGGAAACGCAGAUCAACUCGAUCGAGUCGGCCAACAUCAACCACGAGACGCUGCUGGCGAUGCAGCAGGCUGGCAAGGCCAUGAAGCAAAUCCACGGCAAGCUCACGCCGGAAAAGGUGGACCAGACCAUGGACGAACUCCGGGAGCAGAACGCGCUCAGCGAGGAAAUCGUCAACGCAAUCACCACGAAUCCUAUUGGCGAGCCUAUCGACGACGACGACUUGGAGAGAGAGCUAGACGAGCUGCAGCAGGAGAAGUUGGACGAGGAUAUUCUCAAGACGGGCAAUGUCCCCGUGGCAGAUGUUGUGCAUAGGAUGCCGUCGGUUAACCAAGAAGCAGUGGUGCCGACAAGGGGCCAGGCUGUGGAAGAGGAUGACGAGGAAGCCGAGCUGCGGAAGCUUCAAGCUGAGAUGGCCAUGUAA